AACACCCGAAGCUAAAGAAAGCUAGCCAUGGCUUCUUCUAGCAUGAACUUGGCUUUCUUUCUUUUUCUGUGUGCUUCCCUUCAUCUCAACCCUGCAUCGGCUGAUGGGCUCUCUGCUGAGCUCUGCAAAGGCCACAAAUGCCCCCCUAAACAAACACCACCACCACCACCUUCCGUUGCCAAACCUCCUGCUCCAUCGCCGCCUCCUUCCCCACUGGUGACCCCUCCACCGACCGGCUCGAAUCCACCACUUGUCCCUCCAAUUGGGGUUCCACCAAUUGUUCCUCCCAUUGGAUCAGUUUUGCCUCCAGUUGGGGUUCCUCCAAUAGUCCCUCCAGUUGGGGUUCCACCAAUAGUUCCUCCUCUUGGACCAAUUGUGCCUCCAGUUGGGGUUCCUCCGGUUGUCGUACCACCUGUUGGGGUUCCUCCGGUUGCCGUUCCACCUGUUGGGAUUCCUCCCGUUGACCUGCCACCAGUUGGGGUUCCUCCAGUUGUCGUUCCACCAGUUGGGGUUCCUCCGGUUAACCUGCCACCAGUUGGGGUUCCUCCCAUUGUCCUUACUCCUGGCUUGCUUCCACCAAUUCUGAAUACACCAAUUGUGCCUCCAGUUCUCCCUUCACCCCCAGGGAGCAUCGUGAUUGACCCGGCCACAUCUCCUACUCCUCCUCCUCCAUCAUCAGACGAUACACCCUGCCCUCCACCACCCUCCACAGUUCCCCGGAAGCUUAAGCUGUGAUAGCAAAGUUGGGACUUCUAUAAUAGAUCAAUCUAGGAUAUCCUCUAAAUAAACAGUAUUAGUAGUAUCCAGCUGUGUGCAUAGGGCCACAGUUUUGUACCGCAACGUUUUAGGGAAAAAGAAUUCUAAGGAUGUAAUGCUUAUAUCAUGUUCUGCAAUAAGAAUAUAUGCCACCUUUUCUCUAA